UGUGUUGCAUGCCUGUCUGUUGGAUUCAGUGUUCAUGCUCUGAUUGAAUGGUGUCUUAGAGUGGCCCAGGCUUCAACUUGACCUCAUCAGUUCUGAGCUUUGGGUUUGCACUUUUGGUUCUGAUUUCAGUCCUCUGCGAACUGUUAAACCAUGUCUUGGCCCCCUGCUGCAUUGAGAAGCUAGCCAGUAACCAGGACUUGCAAAGUCCAGAGGGCAGGUUCAAUGGACUGGGUCCAGAUGUCGGAUGCUGCUCGCUGGAAAUGUAAGCCUGCCAAGCCCCGCGGGUCCAGGCAGUUUCUAUUUCCUUGCGGGUGAAUGGGGCAAGUCCACAGUCCGAGGGUGAACCACAUCACCGUCACUGGAAGGGCAGUUUAUUUGGGUUUGGGCUGAUGAUGUUAGAAAUGUCCCCAUUGGGCUUAAUUUUCAUGGCAAGAGGGCAGAAAAGGGGCCAGCACAAUGAAAGGGACACCCACUCAAUGAUGGGCCUUUUGAGUGAGGGAAGGUCUCCUUCCAGCCUUGACCCCAUGCAUCUGAUAUUCUGCUGUCUGGGACUGGGGGUAGGGGGUAUGGUUGUCAGUAAAUUGGCCUCUAGUUACUGCUGCUUUGAGGUUCAACCCUUGGCUUUGUCCUGAGGAUUUCUGGUCAAGUAGCUUAGAACAGGUAUAUGCUCACCCCGCAGCACUGUUCCACCGAACUUCCUCACAAAGGGUAGUUUGGGGUGUUCCUGUGAAGAACCUGAUAAAUAUUAUUUCAGUCUGUUGUGUGGCCAUGGUGAUAUAUUGGGGGAGGGGCAGGGAAGGUGUAUUUUGGGAUGAGCAAGAAGAUGAUGGAAGGCUGUGCUGUAUUGACGGAGUGAAUGUGUUUGCUCAUUUGUAAGCUUUGUUCUGGCUGCUGACUCUUAGUUGCCCUGUCGUCCUCCAACUCUCAUACUUGUGGAGAAAGAAAGGAAUAGCUUGCAUUUCUCUAGCACCAACCAUGAUCUCAGCACAUCCCAAACCAGUUGAACAGCCAGUGGGCUAGUCCUGAAUUGUAGUCACUGUUGUAAUAUAGCAGCAAAGUCCCACUUAAAGCAAUGUGAUGUGAAGCUGUACUGAUUACAUUUAUGGGCAAGGAAGUCAGCAAGAUGUGUGUGCAAAUCCUUCCAGGAAAAUUUGUGACUAUGAACUGGGCUUUUGAACAAAGCUGCUAUCAAUAAAAGUAAUUUAUGAACCUGUUGGAUUAUCAUGAUCCUGACCCACCCCAGCAUGAUUGACCCAUGACAACCCUCUGAAGUGACCGAGCGGGCCAAGGCAACUAGGGUAGGAUCGUAAAUGCCAGCGAUGCCCAGAUCCUGAAAAUGAAUCAUCCACACUUCAUCAUCACAUAAACUCCUCUUGGUGAUAUUGGUUGAGGGAUUAAAUAUUGGUCUGGAGACUGGAGAGAAUGAUCCUGCUUGCCUCUGAAGUAAUGGUGUGGGGUCUUUUCUGCCCAUCUCCGAAAGCAGAUAGAACCUUUGUUUAACAUCCCUGGAAGACGGUACCUCGGACUGAGCAGCAGCACUCCCUCGAUUGGGUUUGACCGAAAUGCUGAACUCGACAGUGGGGAUGCAGGGUUUGGUGCUCGAUCUGAAUCAGAAGGUUGCAGAAGGGCAUGUCCGAUCAACUUUCACCGAACUCCUACAAACCCCACGUGGCAGGGUAUGUUCAUUAGACCCAGACCAGAUCAUGCCCUGUUCUGGUGGCUCCCCUCCCUCCCCUUGGGUCAGAGCCAACAGGACUGAUGAUGCCUGACAGACCAAAGUGAGUCAGAGGCUUGAGGACAGCAGAACUAUGUACUGACAGGUACUGUCUCCACAAUCACCUUGAGUGCAGCUUGACGAACUCCAUGAGGUUUGAGGUCGGCCAUUCCAUCUGUCCUGAUUGAGCUCCAGCAUCUUGCAGUGCAUCAGUGAAGUUGGAACAAUUCUUAGCCUCUUUGAGCCCAUGGUGACUUGGUUCAGCAGCAGUUUGGAGAGGAGCUGAUAUCAAGGGGCACAGGUCAAGUGUGAACGACAGACGGUCUGAAGCUGGUUUCUGACUUGGUGUAGCGGGAGGGAUGGCAACCCUGAUACAUGAUGCUAUGAUGACACCUGCUGAAGCUGUCAAGCAACGAAUGCAGAUGUUUAAUUCUCCAUACAAAAGCGUCUUGCACUGUAUCCGGGUUGUGCGCAAAGUGGAAGGGAUCAGAGCCUUUUACCGGAGCUACACCACACAGCUGACCAUGAAUGUGCCCUUCCAGGCCAUUCACUUCAUGACCUACGAGUUCAUGCAGGAGCAGCUGAACCCGUGCCGGCACUACAAUCCCUUGUCACAUGUCUUCUCCGGGGCCCUGGCAGGGGCAACAGCAGCUGCAGCCACCACUCCACUGGAUGUCUGCAAGACACUACUGAACACGCAGGAGAAUCUGAAGCUGGGAACCUUGAAAAGCAAAACCAGGCACCUUUCGGGUAUGGCCAAUGCCUUGAGGACAGUCUACCAAAUUGGUGGGGUCCCUGCCUACUUCAAGGGUGUGCAUGCCCGCGUCAUUUAUCAGAUGCCCUCCACUGCCAUUUGUUGGUCAGUCUAUGAAUUUUUCAAGUACUUCAUAACGAAGCAGCAGCAACAGCUUCUGCCGCCCUCCUCUUGAGGGCGCCCCAUUUCCCCCCCCCCCCCCCCCCCCCCCCACCCCCCCACCUUUAACAUGAAGAUGGGAUAGUGUUGAGCGAGACACUCCCACAGUUUUCCAAGAGGUGAUUUAGGAAAUUAUCAGAAUGCUAUGCGUCAGCCAAUUGUGCUUUGAUGGCUGCUGUUGGAAACACCCCUGGAAGCUUGGACCAGCUCAACUUCCUCCAACCCCCUUUAUAUUUCAGAGGGCAAUAUCAAAAGGCUUUGAGCCCAUAGACGCGGAAGAGGAGCUGCUCUCGGCUCUCUGAAGCCAAUGUGUGAAUGUAGGGAUAACAGAAACCUGUUGGCAAUGGUCAGUUCCUGGCGAACCCUUUCUGUGUUGCAAUGCUUGCUAAAUAUCCGUUUGAAUAAAUCCUCUCUCAAAGCAGGGAAGUUAGAGCUGGCUGCUUUCACAGUCUGAGGGUCUGAAAGCCCACUAUAUGCUCGGUACCUUGGUGAGGUUGGAGAGAUUGAGUGAAACAGACACCAGGCCAAACUGUCCUUCCUAUGUCCUAUGCAUAGAUAUGCACACGCACACACCCCUCCCUGAGAUCCACAUUGUUUUCUCGGGCAAGGGUCUUACAAUGCAAGAAAACUGUCGCUUCAGCUCAUUGAGGUGCCUGGUCACUGAACUCCAUCGACAAGGGGGAGGUAGAGAUGACGAGACUCUUGCUUAAUUGACUGGGCAUUGAGGGGAGGGGGAGGUGAGGUUAAUUGCCCCAUCUUCCAUGGUGACAGUCAGGAUGUGGGAGGAAGACUUCACAUUGGCCAUGGUGGGAGGGGGUGCAGCGAAGGUGGGAAAACAAAGUAAACAAGGGUCAUGGCUCCUGAUCUUUAUUCAAAAGCAGAGUGUUGACAUCAGGCAAAGACUGUAAUGGGUUCAGUGAUGCAUUUCACAGCCCAAUAAUACUGUGGAGCUCUCCUGAUUGUCUGUUGGAAGGGGAAAGGGUAGGUGAUUUUCAGCGAUGAAGUGGGUGUAUAGGAGAUGUAUAUGGAGAGAGAGAGAGAGAAAGAGAUUUUCUCACUGUUUAGAGAUAUUUUAUCAAGUUUGGGGGUUUUAACUGAAUGUAUUGAGAAGGAGUGAAGGAUGUUGCUCAGGAUGUUUUCUGAAAUAAGCUGCAUAGGAGAUGGGGCAUGUUGUUAGGGUUUGAAUGUCUUUUUAUCUUUUGCAUUGAUUUUUCAACAUGUGAAUGUCACAGAAUCCCACAGUUUUAAGCGAAGUUUGUGUCUUUUUUAGAAUAUGCCCCAUAUGCUGAGAAGACUUUUAUGGAAUGAGCAAAUUUAGAAUGUUAAAUUAAUGUUCAGUCAUAAAAUGUUGAGUUUCUACAAUGGCCUCUUGCUGUAUUAGUGAUCCCUUUGCUCUAACUCCUUUAUCUAAUUUCUCACUCAUUCCCCCUCUCAUUCUCACACUUGCCUGCUCAACCUCACUCUUAUUCUCUUAAUCUGUCUGUUUUGAGUCUCUUCUGGUAAGAGAUCCCCUUGUUCUCAGUCGAUUGUCCAAAAAUUUCAAUUUCUACCUGAGAUUGAAACUCUCUCAGUAUUUUAAACUUGAAACUAGUUAAUUUUCCUCCUUGGAUUCUCUCUCUGGCAUGGCGGAGGUGUUCAUUGUGAAAGGUUUCCAAGGUUUGGAAUGAAUGUGAAAUCAGCGUCCAAGGCCAUCAGGAGAAUUUGGGCCCCCAGUAUUCGUUCCCCCAAAGACUUCAUGCUGGUAGGGGUGGGGGUAGGGGUAGGUUUGGGAGUGGGAGGGGGGAUGCUCAGGGAGGGAGAGUUGGUGAUUUCCACCACCAUCACCACCUGCCCCUGGGCAGGGCCAGCACCCUUUGCAAUAGUGACUGGCAAAGGGGUUUGUGCCUAUAAACAGAGGGGAUCUGUUCUGUGAAAAGGAAUAGGAUUUUGCUGGCCCUUUUUGAUUUGAUGCAGCUCCUGGGCAAGCAUGUCAGGCCACAGGGCAAGGUGCCAGUAAGAGGCGGGCAACUGGCUCAGGGUGACCUUCUCACUCCAGUCUGGUUGAGCAGAGGUAACUGGCUAACUUCUGAAGAACACUGUCUCACUCCUGCGAGCUCACUGACCUGGCCCAGUGUUUGUUGUGGCCUCCUGACUGGUACUGACAUUGACCACCAUUCAGACUUUGCCACCUCUGCACUGCUGCUGUGUUCUUCAAUGCACUGUCAUUUUUGAAAAAAAAAUAUAUAGUUUUUCAUUGUGUGAAGAGGAGAAAAACCAGUGUCUUAUUGGAGAAUUGCUUUAUAUCGAGUGUGGCAAUCCAUGUCUCUAAGAAGUUGCAAAGAUUCUUCAAAACUGAAUAAUGUGUAUUUUUUUAAUGCUAAAUUAAAACAAAAACAAUUUUAAA